CGGGACAAGACAGUCAUCACUACCCGUGUAAAGGAAGAAGCCUUGGCGCUGGGCUUUGACCUGGUGCGGAUCACAUCGGCUCAAAGUUUUUCUGAAGACCAGAAAAUAGCACUGCAAAGAAUCGACGACGGGCUGAUGGACGGGCUGCCCUGGUACAACGCGGCACGAGUGCGCCGGGGAACGGAGCCUGAGGAACUGUUGCCUGACGCCAAGUCUAUUAUUUGCCUGGCUUUGAAUUACUUUCCUGGCCCUCGGAAAGAGGGCGACGGCGGCCAAAUUGCCCGCUAUGCACGGGGCAGGGACUACCACCGGGUAAUGAAGCGUAAAAUGCGAGACCUGGUUGCCGCUUUGAAUGAAGCAUUUGGUACCACCGUGGCGGCCCGAUGGUACGUGGACGACGGCCCGAUGCUGGAUCGAGCGGCGGCAGCCCGCGCUGGCUUGGGUUGGUUUGGCAAGAACUCCAACAUUCUCACCAGCGAGCUGGGUUCAUGGGUGUUCCUGGGGCAAAUCGUCACCGACAUGGAUCUGGAAGCCGAUUCUGAGAUCAGGAAGACUUGCGGCAGCUGCGUCGCAUGCAUCGAUUCCUGCCCCACCGGGGCCAUCGUAGCCCCAUACGUCAUAGACAACAAUCGUUGCAUUUCCUACCAGACCAUCGAAAACCGGGGCCCUAUUCCCCCGGAACUUCGGCCGAAAAUGCUGGACUGGGUGUUCGGCUGCGAUAUAUGCCAGGAAGUUUGCCCUGUCAACCGUAAAGCGCAACCUACCGCCGAACCCUCAUUCGCUAAUCGGGGUUUGGAAGUCAUAGACCUUGCUAAGUUGCUGGACCUGACCGAUGAGGAAUUCAAGAAAAGGUUUGCGGGAACACCGAUAAUGCGCGCAAAGCGAGUGGGGCUGCAACGCAAC